GGUUGUGGAAGAUGUGUACAAGCUUGGUCUAUGUCUGUUUGUUGAGGGGGUUCUGAAUGCCAUUGAGGGCAAGUUGCACAUUUGGCGAGAUAUUCUAAAAAUUGUUGAGAAUGUAGAGUACUUCUUCAGCUAUCCAUGGGGGACGUACUCUUAUAGGAGGCUAUUGCAUUCUUGUAAGAAGGACAUGGUGAAGCAAAAGGCCAACUAUGAUGCCAAGAAGGAUGCCAAGGUGCAGCAAGAGUCCAAGUACAGUAUGUAUGGUUAUGCCCCGGCCUUACAGUACUGGGCAUAUGAGGCUAUCCAACAUCUUGCAGUGGAGCUUGUUGUGAGCUCGGGAAACAUGUUCCCGAGGAUGCUUAGUUGGUCGCAUCGGAGGAACAAGGAUUUCACCAAGUCCGUCAUCGCACCGAUAUUAUUGAAGAAGAAUUUAAUUGUUCUUCCGAUGUUGAAGCCUCGGCCAGCAGAAAAAGACUAUUACUUGUCUUUGACUGAGGGAGAUCUUCCCCUUUAUCCUGGGCUUGGCCAAGAUCCCUCGGAGACUGAUGAGGAGGAGGAUGCGACUUUUGAGAAAAUCGGAGAGAUAGUUUCUCAGGCAGCCAAGAUAUCAAGUCGGGGGAGGAGGUACACUCAGAAAGUAAGGGCAAGACAAAGGUUAUUUGCAAUGGAGAAUAACAAUCAAGGAGACAACAAUACUGGUGCUAAUGAUGGUGGAGAUAAUGCCCAAGCAAUUUCACCACCACAACCACAACAACAAAGAGCAGUUUGUGAUUUCUGUAUGCCCGUUGUUAAUGAGAACCUCACUAUAAUUGUUAAUCCCGCUAUUACUGCUAAUAAUUUUGAGUUGAAGCCAACAUUGAUAAAUAUGGUGCAAUAG